AUGUUUCGAGCUCUAUUGGCCUCCAGUAGGCCGCUGCUAUCCCGUCUAGGACCGCAUACAUUUCCUCGUCAACUUCCCCAUAUCCAUCGGGCUCAUGCAGCCAUUACGGUGCCCCAUCUCACUCGCGGAAUGAAAGUCAGGUCAUCAGUAAAAGUUAUGUGUGAUGGAUGUAGUAUUGUGAGGCGUAAAGGAAGAGUGUACGUGGUAUGUUCGAAGAACCCAAAACAUAAGCAG